UUUGCCCUUCAUUCCUUCUCCAUCACUAAAUUAUGCUUUUUGCCUUCUUACCUUCUCUCUAUCAUCAACUACUUUUGCUAUAUUCGAUUUUGCUAAUUCUCUUCUGCAAUUAGGGUUUUUCUCUUUUGAGUGGCUUCAUCAAUACAUACUAUUGCUUAAUUAGAGAAGAAAUAUGGCUUCAUCCAGCUGCUACAAUUCCCCUUGUGCUGCUUGCAAAUUCCUUAGGAGAAAAUGUCUUCCUGGUUGCAUCUUUGCACCUUAUUUCCCACCUGAGGAGCCACACAAAUUUGCCAAUGUCCACAAAAUCUUCGGGGCCAGCAAUGUGACCAAGCUUUUGAAUGAGGUGCUCCCUGAACAGAGAGAGGACGCCGUCAACACUCUGGCCUAUGAAGCUGAGGCCAGAGUGAGGGAUCCCGUUUAUGGUUGCGUUAGCGCAAUCACGUUCCUCCAACGCCAGGUCGAGCUCCUUGAGAAGGAGCUUGACGCGGCUAAGGCGGAUUUAAUGCGCUAUACUCAUCAAGAAGAAAUAAUUGGAUCAUCAUCUGUUCAUGAUAACAUGGCAUUGAAUAGGAGAAUGGGGUAUGAUCAUCAUGAAGGAGGUUAUUUCCCUUAUUCUUCCUCAUCAUGGAAUGAUCAAAACCCUUGUGGACGAGGAAAUAUUUGAGCCUAAUUUAUAGAGGGUUCAUAUUUAAUUUCCUUUCAAGGGUUUUUCUUAGACCUUUUGUGGGAAAAACAAAUUGUGUGCUAAAUAUAUAUAAAUACUAAGUGUGCUAUGGGUUUCUAGCUAGUCCUCCUCACAUGCAAUUUCCUAGAUAGACCAUUGAGUAAUUAGACUUUUAUAGUAGUUGUGUGCUGCUAAAAAAAGUCAUUGUCUAAGUAUUUUAAUUUAUGGCUAUAUAUUGUGUCAUAUUCAGAG